CUUCCUUCCACAGCUGUCCUCUGUUGACAAUUUUACCUUAUGCAUAAUGCUAUGGUGGCUGGAAUAAAAUGAUAAAGAGUUUCUGGCCAUAUCUCCAUGUGGAGCGAUCGUCGGUGGAGUAUUCUUAAAAAUAUGCACCCGGUCUGAGCCAUGCUGAAGUGGUUUUCUAAUGAGGGGGGAGAGUCUGGCGCUGGAGGCCCAGACUGUCCCCCAAGUGGAGAGGUGGAUGUUGCAGAAAUGGCAGAGCGUCUGGUCCAAACUGAGCAGCUCAUCACUCAGCUAAAAGAAAUGAUCCGGGAGAAGGAUGCAACACUUCGCACCAAGGAUGAACAGCUCAAGAUGGAGAAGGAGACAUGUGAGGCAAAACUGUCCAAGCUGCGUCUCCAAAACAAGGCCAAGGUGACCUCUCUUACCACACAGCUGGAGGAAGUGAAGAAACAGAUGGGCGGUCAGGUCACGCCAACACACGGCAAGAAGGCUCCAUCAGAAGGAGGUGAGCAAGCAAGUCGGGGGAAAAUUGUUUUGCUAAAAAAGAAGGUGGAGGAACUAGAACAACACCUUGCACAGAGUGAAAAGGAGUUAGAAAACAAGAGGAGGGAGGUGGAGGCACAGCGGCAACGAGGGGAAGAAAUGGAUGUUAUGCUGACAGAUAAGGACAAGAAGCUGUCAGAGAAGGAGGCCUACAUCAUUCACUUGCAAACAUCAAUGGCAGGAAAUACGUCUGCACAACAAAAGGUGGAUGAAGACCAUGGAACAAUGCAGGAGCUUCAGAUGCUGGUGCAGAGUCUGACCAAGAAAGUUGGAGAAGCCGAGGAACGCUACAGUUUGCUCCAGGAGCAGACAGACAGCCUGAAGGAGCUUCUGGUCACAGAGAAGGAGCAGUACAGUCAGAAAGAGAACAUGUAUAAGCAGAAUAUCCAAACCUUCAAAGAGAUCAUUCUCCAGAAAGAUCAUCAGAUAACAGAGAUCAACCAGAUGCAUGAACAGGAACUCUUCAAACUAGCUGCAACAUCUGAUGCCAGUGCUGAUCUUCAGCAGCUUUUGAAGGCAUUAAAACAGAAGCUUCAUGAGAAGGAGGAGGUGCUGCUUGGUAAAACUCAGGUCAUUGAUGUUCUACAGAAAGAGGUGGACGGCAGAGACCAGCAGAUUAAGGAGCUCACAGAGCGGAUGCGUAGACUCCAUGUUGAACGAGAGUCCCUCGAAUCUAAGAUGGAGGCAGAAAAGCAUGUGAUGCGAGCACAACUCCGUGACCUGAUAGAAAAGCACCAGGGAGAGGUUCGGCGAAUGACAGAGCAACAUCAGUCACAGUUAAGCGAAACCCAACAGGAUCUGCUGGGCCAGCUGGAGCAGCUGAGAAAUGCUGCAGUAGCACCAUGGACCAGUCAAGAGGCCCCGACCACUGAUCCAACCACUGUCCAGAGAAUAGCUGAAUUGGAAGCCCAGACAAAGCAAAAAAUUGACGAGGCAAGCAAAUCAGAGGCCAAGUUCCUGAAAAUGAAAGCUUGGUCUAAAUCUCGAAUCAGACAGCUGGAGGAGGAGCUCAAGAAAAGCCAGGCUGGCAUCGCCCCUCCUGAUCUGACUGCCCUGCGAAGCCGUGUCACUGCCCUUGAGGAGGAGCGGGAGGAAUACCUUUGGAAGGUGGAGCAGUAUGAGGAACUCAAAGCAAAGAAUGAUAUGUUGGAAGCUAAACUGGUGGUAUAUGAGGAGCAACAAAGGACACUACAAGCCGACCUGGAACAGUUCACAAAGAGAGCUGCCUCUCAGGCAAGUGAAUCCGGCAGUGCUGAUGACACUCAAAGUCAGGUUUUGGAGUGGCAGGAAAUGGUCGCUGAGGCAGUCAAUGCCAGGGAUCAUGCCAGGGAAGAGAAGGCUGCUAUGGUUCUUCGCAUUAGCCACAUGGAGGAAGAACGAGAGGCUUUGGCCACUCGGCAGCAGGAGUUGGAGGAGGAGCUGGCUCAAGCAAGGGGGCUCAGCCAACACGGGGGCAAGAAGCUAGCAGAACCAGCUCAACGGAGCCUACAGGAGGAUUUUGAGUUUGAUGGACAAGGCCUCUUCCAGGAACCCCGGCAUACCUCGGAGAGCACAACCCCAAUGGAAGGAGAAAACAUGGGAGGUUGGUGGCCUGAAUACAGUACUCCUGACACAGAUGGUUUGCGAUCUGUGGUGGAGGAGCUGGAGCUGGAAAGGAAUCAACUCCAGGAGCAGAUACUGAGCCUAGAAGAGCGCUGUCAAGAUCUAGAAGAUCGGCUACAGCUGCAAGCACGCAUUGAGGCCUUGCAGAAUGAGUAUGAGAAAUUACAGAGCCAGUUUGCUUCUGUGCGUAGUCAGCAUAGCAGAGAAGCAGAAAAGCAUCAGCUGCUGGUUAGCCGUCUCAAUGAACAACUUAAAGGGAUGAGUGACACACAAGAAUGCCUGGAAAGCUCACUCAUUGAGAAGGAGAAUACAUUAGCGAAGACAUCAGAAAAACUUGAGCUCAUCAACAGCCUCCGAGAAUCCUUGAGUGAAAAGGAGAUUCAGUACAAGGAGAUGUCUGACAAGCUCCUUCAGACUGAGCAAACACUCGAGAAAGUUUCCAAAAAGAGCAGUAUCUCAGAGAAACACUGCUCUGAGUUGAAAGGAGAAGUUUGUGACCUCACGCAGAAGCUGAAUGGGCUCAGAGACAAGACUCAAAAACAGGACAUCACCAUAGAAACUUUACAGACUGAGUUUGAGCAAACCAAUGAAGAACUGGACAAACUAAACACAUCCCACCUGGAAGAAAGAGCUCAACUCAUUCAUGAUCUUCAAAGCUGUGAGCGGGAGAUUGACAGUCUGAAAGAUAUUCUAUCUGCAAAAGACAAAGAGAUUUCGGCCCUGAAUGGCAGCGUGCUCGAGUAUACAGAACAGGUUACCAUUCUCAAACAAGACCUUCGACUCAAAGAAGAAACCCUGCUACAAGUGGAAAAUGCACUGACUAAGGCAGAGCGAGAGGCCAGGAUUCUUCAUGACUCACAGACUUCAGAUCAGCAAGUCCUAAAUAGUAAGAUUGCAGAGCUUGUGGAGAAUCUCAAGUCUGUUGAGGUGGAGUUAGACAAGACCAAAGAAGAAAGCAAGUCCAAAGUUGAUGAGAUGAACCAUCUAAGAAAACAGGCAAAGGAUGAUAAGAAAGCUAUUCAGCACCUGCAAGACCUGCAAGCUGAUGCACAGAAACAGAUAUUGAGUCAUCGUUCCCAACUUUCUGAAUGUGAAAAAGUCAUUUCUUCACUGAAGGAACAGCUGACCUUAUCUACCCAAAGGCAACUAGAGUCAGAGGAAGUCAUUGUGCAGCUCAAGAACAUCAACACGAACAAUGAGAAAAAUGCUAUGAGAGAAGAGAUCUACGAAAAAGAACUGAAAACUUUGAAGGAUGAAAAGAACAAGCUCCUAUCCCAACUGGAAAAAUACAGUCAUGACAUGGAGUUGUUAUCUCAAGAAUUAAAGGAGCGAGCGCAGAUUGCUGACAGUGUCAAACAAGAGAUGGAGAAAAAAAUGGAAAUCAUCACAUCACUGGAAAACCAAAUCAGGGCAAAUGAUAUCCAGGCAGAGGAUGAGAGACAGAGAAUUAACUCUGAAUUGCAAGUUAGGGAUUCUGAAAAUCAGAAGUUGUGCAAAGAAAUUGAUGUCAAAACUGAAAACAUAUCCAAAAUGGAGAACACCUUAAAACACGUUGAGGCUCAGAAAGAGCAGUUGCAAGCAAAGCUUAGACGGCUCACUGAAGAACUUGAGCUACAGAAUCUGAAUGGACAGCAACUAACUGAAAAGAUGACAGCUGCUCUUGAACUUAACAGCAGUCUGGAGAAGCAAGUACAAAGUGUUACAGAGGAGAAUGAACGACUUAAGGUGGAAGUUACAUUUGAAAGAGAUUCUUUGCAUAACAAAUUAACCACAAUACAGUUACAGCAUUCACAAAACGACAUUAUUAUUCAAGCCUUACAAAAACAAAAAGAACAUCUGAUUCUACAAACUAACGAAUUAAAGAGAGAUGCCGAACAAAGCACACUCUCACACAGCGAGGUUCUCCUGGCUAAAACCAAUGAAUGUGAUCAUCUCAAUCAGUUACUCGGGGAGAAGGAGAACUUCAUUGCACACCUGCAAGGAGAACUGCAAAGCUACAUUGCUAAGGUGGAUGAGUUGCAGCAUACCGUAGAGCAGAGACAGCAGCUCGCCUCCGUUCUUAAAGAGGAAUUAGAGACCCAACGAAAUGAGCAAACACAGCUUCAACAAACAUUGUCUCUCCUUCAAGAACAGGACUGCAGUCUGAAGUCUGGGUUAAUGGAGAAGGAUGCCAAUUUGAAGGAAAAACAGGAUGAGUGCCAUAGUUUGCAGAAUGAAAUUAUUCUACAUAGGAAUUCGGUUUCUGAGCUUCAAGUGAAUGUUGAGUCGCUCAGUGCCGAACUCUCACUGCUUUGCAAGAAACUGGAAGAGAGAGAACAGCAAUGCCAAAAACAAAAAGAUGACUUGGAUGAUGCAACUCAAACUAUCAAGUCUUUAAAUGACAAAAUCAAUGAAAUACAAGAACUUUCCAGAAAAUCUGAGUCUGAAGCUGUCUCAAAGGAAACUGAGCUGAGGACCCUUCAGAGUGAAAUUGAUAGCAUUGUAGAACAAAAGAAAGACCUUGAUGCAGCUUGCAAAUCCAGAGAAAAUCAGCUUGAGGAGCAAAUACAAAUUGUGUCAAACCUUGAUAAACAGCUCAAAGUCACUCUUGAACAAAACUCCAGUUUUAGCAUGAAAAUAACUAGUCUAACAGAAGACAAUCAACAACUACAAGAAAAGUUGUCCCAAAACCAUUCGUUAGCCUCUGAGUUAACCACCAAGAAUAACCUGCUGCAAAAACAGAAAUCUGAGCUUGAGGUUCAUAUCUUAAAUAAUCAGAGGGAAAUGAAUGAUGUUCUGAAUGAAAAAGAUAAGCUUAUCGUUGCAGUCAGUAAUAUGAAGCAGGUCCUCAAGGAAAAUGAAAUGUCUAACAAACAGAAAACAGAAGAAUUUAGCUCUCUUUCAAGAACACUGCGUGACAGAGAACAACAACUUCAGAAUUUACAAGAGCAAGUUAGUCAGCAAAGCCUGUUACUGGUUGAGAAAGAACAAAUUCUGUUGGACAGGAAUUGUCAGUUGGAUACCCAGCAGAACCAACAACUGCAAUUGCAGGAUACAAUAUCUAUGCUUAAAGAACAGGGAUCUGUGUUAAAGUCAGGGCUAAUGGAGAGGGACACAAUGUUGCAACAGAAAUCAGAGGAAUGUAUUGUAUAUCAGAAUGAAGUGAUCCUGCAGAAGGGCCUUGUGUCACAGAUACAGUGUGAGAUUGAGUCGCUCACCCAAGAGUGUUUCGAUGCCAAGCAACAGUUGGUGCAAAAGGAGCAGAUGUUAAAGGAUCUAACGAAUGAUUUUGAACACCAAAAGAACGAGCUAAAUAAACGUAGUGAAUCAGUCAUUUCACUUGGCAGUCAGAUUGGAGCCAUGAACGAGAGUUUUGCCGAUAUGGAGAUUGAAAUGACCAGUUUAAAGGAUGCCGUAGAGAAGCUCACUUCAGAAAAGUGUCAGCUCACACAAGAGAAGGACCGAGGGAAUGCUGAGAUAGUUGAUUUAAAAGAUGCCAUUCAAGCACUGACUGAUCAGAAUAUGCGAUUCCAAUCUGAAAUUGAGAAGUCUUUUCCAGAGCUGUCCAAAGCACACAAAGACCUUACAGAUUUAAAAACAACACUAAGUGACAGGGAACUUCAGGUGAAAACUUUACAGUCGGAGAUGGAACAGCUUCAUUUUGCCACCCAAGAAAAAGAUAACUACGUGAAACAGCAGGAGCAUGCAAUCCAACAACUUAAUAGUCGGAUUUCUGAACAGGAGGGGCUGCUGAAACAGAAAGAUGAUGAAACAUUCAGUUUAAGGAUUCAAGUUACAGAACUCAUAGGUCAAGUAGAAACCAUUACGUCUGAGUCCACUGCAUUAAAAUAUACAGUGGAGAAAAAGGAACAGGCUAGUCUUGAAGAUGGAAAAAAAUUCUCGCUUAUCACUGAAAAUUUGAACGCCAAAUUUCAAGACAAAGAAAAGGAGUGCGAGAGCCUGAAAGAGCAAAUUUCACACGUUGAAGAAUCUGUUUUAAAAAUUAACAGUACCCUCCAAACACAAAGAGAAGAAACAGAAAAUCUGAAAAAAGCCUUGGAAGAAAAAGAGCUGAAUCUUAUGGCACAAUCACAAUCAUUUGAGGAUUUGCAGAGGAGAGCGGAUGAGUCGUUGCUCUUCAAAAGUCAGUUCAUGGAAAGCACAGAGUUAUUGUCACAGCUCCAGAGUCAAAUUCAGACGCUGUCCUCUGACUCUGAGAACCACAGAAAGUCAGCAGAAGAAACACAAAGUGCCUUCAUUAACCUGCAAGAAAAGUAUGCAGCUAAUUUGGAGGAUUUGCAAGAUGUGAGAAAGCAACUGUCCCAAAGGACUGACGAAGUGUUAACCCUUAGGAAGCUGUCAGAUGACACCAAUUGUGAACACAAAAGAGCACAGACCGCAAUAGAAACUCUGAAAGAUGAGCUAUCGACAAUCCAACACAAACUUGAGCAGACACAGGACCUGAAUUCUCAGCUGUCAAAAGAAAAGGAAGAAGCAUUCAGCUCUCAUCAAGCACGUGUCUCCCUUUUGACCCUCGAAAUAGAAAGACUAAAAACACAACAUCUUCAAGUUGUGGCACAAAUGAAUGCACUGACAGAAAACCUGGAACAGAGAGAAAUGGCGCUCCAUGCGAUUAACAGUCAAUGCACAGCCCAAGCCAAACAUACGUCUCAAAUGAUUUCAGAAAUACAGAAACUAGAAUUACAGAAUAAGAAACUUAUUGAAGAGAUUCAAUUGUCAAAGGAGGAGCACCAAUGUUCUCUCACAACAGUUAAUAAUGAAAACACACAUUUGGUCAACAACAUUAGAAAACUUCUUGCAGAGAAGGAAGAGCUGGAGAGACGACACCAUGAAACUGGGGCAUCCCAGGGGGAGCUCAUGGCUCAUAUGGAGCAGCAGUCCCGCAGCAUGAGCGAAAGCAUCGAGAAAAUGCUGUCAGAGAAGGAGAGCCUUCAAGCAAAGGUUAGUGUCCAAGAUGAAGAAAUAUCUCAAUUAAGAGAAAAUCUUCACAAGGCCGAGCACAUUCUGCAAGACUCUGAGAAAGAGUGGCUGCUAGUUCUAGAUAGAGAAAAACAGGAUAAGAUUCUACUUGCAGAACAGUUGAGUCAUGUUGAAAAGGAAAGAGAGGAGAGAGAUCAUGAAAACGGUCACUUGCAACAGGCUAUUAAAGCUGUGGCGCAUGAGUUAGAACUACUUUUAAGAAAAAACAGUGGUACAGUCCUCUCACCCAUUGCCACUUUAAGUGGAGACAGAUCACAUUUACACCACAUGAUAAAACAAGUUGAAGCAAGUCAUCAGUCUGAAGUAGAUGCUUUGACAAAGAUGUUUGACAGUACUAGAGCAGAUUUACAAAAAGUUAAAAGUACACUUGAUCAUUGUGAGGUUGAAAAAUGCCAAGAAAUUGAGAAUUUACAGAGUCAGUUGAAGAUUGAGGUAGAGAAAGUGACAGAAGCUAUCCUUGAAAACUCAUCUUUACAUGAUGAACUUAAAGCAAAAGACAAUCAAAUCAACUGCAUGAGCAUUCAGAUUAGUCAGCAAAAGGAUUUACUUGGUGGGCUCAGUCAGCAAUUAAAAGAUAAGGAUGCAUCCAUUUCCCAAGUCAUGGAAGCGGCCUUAAAUGAAAGGGUGAAACUUGGUGAAGAAAAGGCCCAUCUAUCAAAACAACUCGCAAGCGUUGAAAAAGAUUACCACGCUUCCACAAAGCAGUAUGAGGACAUUUCUCGGCAGCUGGAAGAACAUGUUUCAUGUUCACUCAAGGAGAAUGAAAUUCAAGCAUCAGAAAAGCUUGAACUGGUAAAGGAAAACAGUGAGCUAAAAUUUGAACUAUCAAAAGUAUCGGAAGAGAAAGAUAUGGUCAAGAAAAAACUGAAGGCUUCUCUCUUUCUCCGAAAGGAUCUGUUGAAAAAAAUUGAGGAGUUAGAAAAACAAAAUGAAGAGAGUAUAAACGAGGAUAUUUCAGUUUUACAAAACAAACUAUUAGAAAAGACCAAACAAGCUCAGUCCGUAGCGGAAAUGUAUGAGGAUAGGGUUUCUUUCCUUGAAAAGGAAUGCCUUGAUAAAGUCAAUGAGGUACGUGAUCACACGAUGCAGUUGCAAUCAGAAAACAACACUUUGCAAGCCACAUUAAGUGAGAAAGAAAUGUGCUUGUCAGAAAUGUUACAAUCACUCAAUGAAAAAAGCGCCCUCAUCAAACAACUUAAGGCAGUUGCUGCUGAGCGUGAAGAUAACUUUGAACAAGAUAAGAAGAGCAUGAUGCAAAAAAUGGAAAUGCUCGAGAGUGAAAUCGAGGCCUAUAAAACACAAUUGAAGGACAAAUAUGUCUCCAAUAAUACUGCUGUUGAAUUAGAAAAUGAGCUGACACAAAUGAAGCAAGAAAAGGCAAUGCUGCAGAAAAAGACACAGGCUGCAUUGUUGGCACGAAAAGAGACUAUGAAGAAAGCUCAAGAAAGUGAGAAGUCAUUAACCAAAGAAUUAAGUGAGCUGAAAGAUGAAUACAAAGCUGUCUUGGAGCAACACUGUCAGCAGACUAAAGAGCUAAAUGUUGUCCAGUUGGAAUUGAAUGAGAAGCUCAGUGAAUUGGAAGAACUCCAGAAAACACUGUCUUCUUAUUCAGAUGAACUGGAAACUUUAAGACAGCUUGUUCAGGAGAGGGAUCAAACUGUGCAAGAUUUAAAUAUUUCCUUGGCAGAAAAGGAGAAUCAGUGUCAUUCUCUAUCAAACCUGCAAACAGAAUUGGUUACUAUGAAAGCACAAUUUGAGUCCUUUAAGAAGGAAAGUGAAGACAAGACUCUUGUUUCAACGGAGAAAAAAGCAGAAAUGUCAAACUCAAAUCUCCAUGUGGCUCAGAGUGCCUUAGAGGAAGCUCAAAAAGCAGUAAAAGAGCAGAGAGAAAUGGCGACGAAAUACCAAAAACAACUCAAAGAUUCUCCUGGAACAUCCGAAAUAAAACAUCAAAACUCAAUGGAAGAGAACAAAACUCUUUUGGAGCAAGUAGCAGAGAUACAGCAACAUCUGAGUGAGAAGGAAAGUAGUUUGACGAACAGUCUUGAAAAAGAACAGUUAGAUUGUACUGGAGAAGGAACAAAUGUGGAAUCAUUGAAGCAAGAAAAUGAAAAUUCUGUCAGGAUAAUUGCUGAACUCAGGGGUGAGUUAGCCAUGCUUCAUUUGCAGCUGCACCGUUGCAAAAAUGCCAGAGAGCCAUUUCAUGAAGACACACCUGAGAGCGCCAUCAAGCAAGAACAUGUUACUCAAGAUGAGGUCAGUCUUGUUUACAGACGUACUCGAGACUCUAAAGCAACUCCGAAUCAGAAUGAUGAGUCCGAGAUAUCAGCAAGGGAUGAUCUGACUCUUACACUUCAACAGCAAAGUAAAAGUCAUGUAAUGGCCAAUACUAAUAUGAAAAGAGAAGUUGAUGAGCUUCAUAAAGCUCAGGAAGAUUGUGACAGAGUAAACGAUCAGCAGAACUACAAUAAAACGACCCAACUAAGCAGAAAACUUCAAGCAGCUUUAAUCUCACGGAGAGAACUCUUGAAGGAAAAUGCAUCACUGAAGGAGCAAGUUGAAAAUCUGUCUGACAAAGUUAUAAAUCUGUCUGACAAAGUCAGCACCAAAGAAGCUGAAUGUUUGACUCUGGAAUCGUCCUUUUCAAGCCUGAAACAACAAAAUAUUGACCUGGAAAGCAGUAUUAAGAACGUUAACAUGGAUAAAGAGAAGCUUAGCUCAGAAGUUGAUCGCAUCCUGAAUGAUAAUUGUAAUCUGUCUGAUGCAUGUGAAAGCUUGAAGCAGACCAUCGAAAACAUCACCCAACAGAAGCAAGCCUUUUCCUGCCAGCUGGAAUCUCUGAAAGACUCUCAGACAGAGGAGCUGACCAAAUGGAAGUCAAAGCACUCAGAACUUAAACAAGACUAUGAGUCUCUUUUACAAGCAUAUGAAAAUGUUGGCACAGAAAUGGACAAGAUGAGACAACUUCUGGAGGGGGCCAAAAGAGAACGACAGGAAGCCCUCGGCAAACUGCACAAAUGUGAGACUGAGAUGAAAACCCUGCAGGACCAAGCAAGACAGUUGGAGGCAGAACAUGAAAGGUUGAAAGAGAAAAUGUACACUUUUUCAGAAGAAAAACGUCAAGAUACGGAAGAUAUGGCGCAAGCAAAUGAAAAAAUGAGAAGACUGUCUGAGAUGAGUGAAAACUACAGGAUGGCGAUGACUGACCUUACUAAUAAAAAUCAACACUUAGUGGCUGAACUUCUCCAACUGAAGUCAGUUUCGGAGGGCUACAAAAAUGAACUUACAGAGAUGCAGGCUGAAAAUAGGGAACUAACUGAAAAGCUUCAAGAAGCUACUUGUUCGUCAGAAAAACACUGCUUAGAAUCAAGAUCUUUUACAGAGGACAUGCAGCUUAAACUUGACCAGUCACUCAGCUUGAAUAACUCACUGGUGGAGAGCCAGAAAACACAACAUGGUGCUCAGUUGGAAAGCAACAAUCUAUUGCAGAACAAAGAAAGAACUGAAAUCUCAUACAGCGAUCAUGAAAUACAGUUGACAGCAAAAGACGACACCAUUAAUAAUCUUAAAGAAAUAGUGAGUCAGCACAGCCAAGAAACGAUUAGUCUCAUUGAGAAGGUCAAAAUUUUAGAAGAUGACAAGUGUCUUCUGCAAGAGGAGCUUGAAAACAUUCAAGAGAUUUCAGACAAAGUGAAAAAUGAAAACGACUACUUGGAAACUGUGAUCCUCAAAAACUCAAAAAAAAUUGAUGAGCUUUCUGAGUCUAUCAGUGUUUUGCAAGCUCAAAACAUGCAGAUAUGUUCUCAGCUGACAACAAGCAAGGACAUGUACAGCCAGCUUUACCAAGAAAAAGAGGAUGAGCAUCUUAAAUUAGUUGGAGAGCUUGAGGAAAAGCUCAAGACGAUGCAACGUGGCAGGGAUGGGUCCAAGAGUGUCAGUAAAGAAUUGCAAGAGCUUCUAAAAGAAAAGCAUCAAGAAAUAAAUUAUCUCCAGCAAAACUGCAUUAAAUACCAAGAACAUGUUUUACAUUUAGAAAGCGCUCUGAAGACCUCAGAGUCAGCUUGUGAAAACUUGGAAAACGAUUGGAAAAAACUCUCUGAGAAGAUGUUUGCCGUUGAAGAGAAAAACAAACAUCUUGAAGCAGAUUUAACCACAUCUGAGGCUCACCUCCAGGAGGCCAAAGAGAAGAUGGAGAAACUUGAGUGUCAAAGAAACCAUCUGAAAUUAGCUCUAGAAAAUGUCAAAUCUGAGAAAACAAAAGUAAAGGAGGAUUCAGAAAAACAUGUCAACUCAUUCAGUGGCAAUGAAGUGAUGUUGCAGAAACAGAUAGAUGAUCUUCAGGAUUCUAAUAAUCACGAAAGUCAAACAGUUGCCGAAUUAAAGCAACAGAUAGAUUCUCAACAUCUGAAGAUCAACACUCUAAAGAGAGCACUGGAGACUAACGAAGUAAAGCUAGAUGCUUUAUCAUCUAGUCCUCAAGGGGCAAAUACUACAAAACUUUGGAAUGAUUUGUACCAAAAGUCGUUGCACGAGAAAGAUAAUCAGCUCAAUGAACAAGGUUCUGCAAUUAAAAGAUUAAGGGAGGAUCUGCAAAUGAGCAAAAAAGAGGUGAAUGAACUCGCAAUGACUAAGUCAAGACUAGAAAAGGCACUCAACGACUAUUCUGUUGCUUCUGCUGCACAUCAAAGGCAGGUCUUGGUUCUGAGUGCAAGCAACGCUGAAUUUGCUGAGACUGUAAAACUUCUAACUCUUCAAGUAAAGGAACUCAGUGCUCAGAUUGAAGGAGUAAACCAAGACAGAAACGACCUAAAAAUGCAUAUUGCUGACAAAGAAGACAAGAUUUCCCAGUUGCAUUUUCAUUGCGAGCAGACAGAAAAGCUAAAUGGCGACUUGGAAUCUCAGCUGCGUCUUUUGCAAUCUCAAAACGAUAACAUCUUUGCCAAACUGGAGAAGCAGAAUGGAAUUUCUCUCCAACUGAAAACCCUUCUUCAAAGUAAAAAUGUCGAGAUUUCCACUCUUUUGACAUGUAGGGAUGGCCAUAUGUCAGGAUAUCUUGAGCAACUCCUGGCUAAUUAUCGCUCCCAGGAAGCCGUUUAUGAGGACAGGUUAACAUCUUUACAUAAUCAAAGAGAAAAGGCCGACAAAAAGUUCAGAGAGCUUGAGGCCAAAGUCAGAAGUAUGACAAUUAAUUUAAAUAGAUCCGUUCAGGAAAACGAGCAGUUAGCAGCCAAGAUGGUCGUUGUCAAGACGUCAAUGGUAUCUUUACAGCGUGAAAAAGAGCGACUGAUGUCAGAAUACAGAAUACUUGAGGUAAAAAAUCAGGCAGAACUUAAAAAUAAAGCAGACUCUCCUGAUAGUGAAGGUUUUUCAACUAAAGACCUUAAACAUGAAGUUAAGAAAUUAUUACAUCAGAUGGAUGACCUCAAUUCUGAGAAUGCUAUGCUCAGGGCCCAGCUCAUUCGUUACAGAGAGGAUCUGAAUCAAGUUUUAUCCCUGAAAGACAGUCAGUUGAAAGUCUUGCUCAAAAAGCAACAGGAUGUGAUCAAUAAUCUUGAAGAUCAAAAGACUGCAGCUGAAAAGGAGUGCAAGGUGUCUCAGUCGGACCUCCAAAAGGCAGAAAAUGUUAGCAGUACUUUGAAGACUGAGAUUUCGAAACUUAAAUUGCAGGUAACCCAACUGCAAAGUGACAUUGUGAGCCAAAAAGCUACAAAUGAAGGCAAGGUCAUUGCUGAUCUGCAGCAAGCUGUGGCAGCUAAAGCAGCCGAAUGUAAUGACCUUCAGCAAAAAGUUGUCUCUCAGAAAAGCCAAAUUGAUGACUUGAAUGCGAAAAUGCAACUGCUCGAAAAGGAAACUGACAAAAAACUAAGCGACGCGGAUGAUAAAUAUAAUAGUGAACUGCAUGCCUUGGAACGUGAGCUGGAGCUAGUCAGGAACGAGCGAGAGACAGCCGAUCAAAGGCUUACAGAGCUUGCACAAGACCUACUGGAGAUGGAGCAACAGUUGUCGUUGGCCCAGGUGCAAAAUAAAGACAUGAAGGAUCAAAAUGAGUCCCUGUGUAAAGCCAUGGCUGCCUUGCAGAAUAAUCGGGACCAGCUCAUUGAGGACUUUAAGGUCUUACGAAACAGAUAUGAUGAAGAACUCAGAGAGACUCGUAUAGCUCUGAACAAAGUUGAGCGCAAUCUCCAGGAUGCUACAUCAGACUUGGCUAUGAUUACCAAAGAAAGAGACAUUAUUGUUCAGAAAUUAAGAGCCCUGGAGAGAAAAGAUUCUCACAAGGAGCUGAACAAGUUGUUGGAGGACCUGUCAAAAGCUUUGUCAGAAAAGGAAAAACAACUGACAAAGGUUGUCCUGGAAAAUAGCACAUACACCAGGCAGCUGUCUGCGUUCUCCAAAUCCAUGGCCAGCCUCCAAAAUGAUCGUGACAGACUGGUUUAUGAGUUGGAAGGGGCUACAAGAGAGGUUGAGUCCAGGCAAAAGUCAGGCCUAGACAUUGUCUCGACCUUGAAUGUGGAAAAGUCAAAAGGAAGUGCUUUCCAGAUUGAAAAAGAUGGGGCGAUGAAUGAGCAGCUACCUGCACUGUCACCCAGGAAAGAAGACAGUAGUUCCCAGGAAAAAAACACAAAUAAAAGGUUUGAAAGAGACACGCAACAAAUCAAGGAAACGGUGAACAUUACAAGCCACAGUGGAACGGAUGAGGCAGUGAGACAACUUGAGGCAGAAAGAGUCCACCUUCACAAAGAGCUGCAACUCUGCCUCUAUGAAAUUCAAAAACGAGAUCAGUACUUCCAGCAACUCAAUUCUAAGCUGCAGCAGUCUAUGGAGGAGAAAGGCGCUGUGGCAGCCCAGCUGAGAGUUGUCUCCCAAAACCUGAGGGACAGCCAAAAUCGUUGCCAUUUGCUGGAAACCCAAAUCCAAGGCCAGGGGCAGGGGUCAGGAAAUGCAGAGGUUGCUCCCGGAGCCCCUCACGAGAGGAGCAAUAACAUAGUUCAUUCUCAAAGAACUGAAGACAGUCUGCUCAGAGAAAGACUUCUGGAGGUGGAACAGAGUCUGGCUGACGAACGAUCCAGAAGAGAGGCUGCUGAAGAGGCUUUGCAUCUUGCUGAAGUCAGCACAAAGAGUCUCUCCAGAGAUCAUCAGAGGGACUUCAGUAUCGAGAUGGAAGCAGAGGACGAGUGGGAAGCUGUCAGUCUCAACCCAAACCAGCCUCUGAUAACACGAAGGGUGAAAGGUGGGAUGAUGGCAUGUCGACGUUGGGUCAGAGGAAGGAGCCUCUACCUUUCCCGGCUGCUGACUGGCCGUGUACGCUCUCGUUACUUCUUUUUGGCCUACUUGCUCACAAUCCAUGUGCUCCUUCUAAUGUGCUUCACCGGUGCCCUGUGAAAAGGUCAACAGGUAUGAGCUGUGGACUAAAGGAAGUUGGUGAUUCUGACUGGGAUGAUGAAAGGCUAUUGUAUUUUCUGUUGACUUGUUUGGUGAGGGCUCCACAAUGUCAAUCACUUGUAUUGCUAAAUGUCAUAUCAAGCCUUAAAGUUCCCAUAUGAUACUAUUUGUUCACGAAAUAAGUCAGGGGUUGCACUGUAUUGAAAGAUUUAUUGCUAAUGAGCUGAGUUUGUCUCCAAGAAGAGCGAUUGUGUAGUUCAGGGGUGUCCAAGCGUUUUCCAGUGAGGGACACACAGUGAAAAAUGAAAGGAUGCAAAGGCCAAGUGGAAUUUUGUAAAGCAACCCAUGUAGAUAUGCAAAGAAGUUAUAUAUAGUUCAAGAAAAAAAAAGCAUUCCCGCUUUGUGAUAUAGGUGAAAUCCAGCUAAAAUUACAUUUUCCCUAUAAUAUUCCAAGUUUAUUCUUGUGAAACUGCGACUUUUUUCCCUCAUUUGAUUACAACUUUUUUCUCUUCAUGUUUUGACUUUAUUCUCAUAAAAUUACAGCUGUUUUGUCCAUUUUUUUGUAAUAAUUUCAACUAUUUCAACUUUCUUCUUGUAAAUAUUCUUUUGGUAAUAUUUUGACUGAGUUCCCGUAAUAUUAUAACUUUUUCCGCAACCUAAUUUUUUAAAAAUUACAACGUUAUUAUUUAAUUAUUGUAAUUAUUGUAUUUAAAUAUUUAUUAUAUUUAGAUAUUAUAAUAUUAUUAUUUUUUUAAUCUUUUAUAUUUAAGCUUUAUGGUAAUAAGAUUAUUUUUCUUCAUAUUACUACUGUAUUCACCUGAAAUUUCGACUUGUGACAACAUUUUGACUUUAUUCUUUGAAAAUUACUGCUGAUUUUGACAUUUUUGCUGUUCUGCUGCAGGUGAAAAAAAAAAACAAAAAAAAAAACCAGCCAUUGGCCACAAAUGGCCCCCGAGCCACACUUUGGACACCCCUGGUGUACUACAUCUUUGUCAGUCGCUGACUGACAUAUUGUUGGCUGGCAGAGCUCCAGGCUUUACUUCAAGAUGUGUAGCGAAUAGGGGUGUCACGAGACGAGACGAUACACGAGAUGGGUCUACGAGGACGAGAUGAGAUUUUAACUUUUAAGAAGAGUACAAUGGAAAAAAAACAAUGUAUUGCAGUCUACUAGUAUAAUUUCCUAAGGUACACUCUUCUGCACUCUGUGUGUAUGCUAGUAGCCCCGCCUCCACCCACCAAAACAAAAAGACUGUAUGACUGCCCAAAAGGGCUCACUCUGUUCAGGCUGUUGUUCUAUGGAACAAAUGCACCAAGGUGCUGAAACCAAUGCAGAGCGAACUCUCUUCCUGCCUGUUUGUGAGAAAAGAGGAAAACAGACACACAUGCACAUGGCAAUAUAUUGAGGCUGGCAAAAUUAUCAAGUGUCCACAAGACAAGAAACCUUGUCAUAUUUUAAUUUUGCGAGAUCUUGUGACACCCCUAGUAGUGUCAACAGUUUUUCUGCAAAGUCCUCUAUGAAGUUAUGUGCAGAUGUCCUUAUGUUGUGAAAACCCAGCACUCCAAAGCAGACCGUCUGCGCAUCUUGUUUGCGUGAUGCAAACACGUGAUGAUGACGAGAGUAGGGCUGCAACUAAAGAUUAUUUUCUCAGUCGAUUAAUCUGAAGCUUGUUAUUUUGGUUAAUCAAGUCAUGGGUUAAGCCCAAAACGGACCAAGUCAAUAUGAACCAAACAUAGUUAGUGGUUUGGUCCCCAACAUAUCAGAAAAGAAGCAAAAUGUCCAUCCAGCGUGGGUUUGUUUGGACAAAGAUGCUGGAAUGGAAAUCCAUUCCUAACACCAUAUCCAUCACGGAAAUCUCAUCACCUCUCAUAGCUAAUGCCAUGGAAACGUGUUUGAUUGAAUAAUGAAUGUUGGUGCACUUGUCUUGCUUUAUGUAAAAGCUCGCACACAAUCCUUAUGCUGAGUAAAAGUAUGCACUGUGUUUAUAAUCAUCUCAAAACAGACAGAAGCUGGGAAUCCCAACACCUCAAGUUUUUUUAAGCAUAAUUUCAUUUUGUGUGGUGUCGGAUGAGAGUUUCUUUCAUCUCAGCCAUGGCAAUAUUUUGUUAUUGAGAAAAGACUGUUUUGGUGAUAUGUUGAUUGCAAAAAAAAAAAAAAAAAAACUAUAUAUUUCUUUGAACAUAAAUGAACAGUUUUUGUUAGAAAUGAUUAUUUUGUAGAAACGCACCAAUCUGGUGGGUUAAGUGUACAUGUUUAAUAACACUGUAUAAAAGCAUAGCAGAGCUUAUUUAUGAAAGACUACUAGACGAGUGAAAAAUGUGUGCUCUGUUUUUGAGAGUUUAUGAUCCUGUUGGCCUUGAUGACAUUAGGCUCCACUUGGUACAAUCUAUAAACUUAAUAAAACCUGCUGAUUUUCUUUGU